CUUGAUCCGCACAGUCGCGUUGUAUAGUUGCUCCGAUUAGGACGUGUGGUUCGCUCAAGCGCACGUUACAGUUACAACGACGACGCGCAAUACCUGCAACAUGGAGUUUUCAACAUAUCGAAUAAGUUUUCUGUGGCUGCUGGGAUUAUGUCUGCUGCUAUUCAAAACAGGAUGCACAGAAGCGCAAGGGAAACGCGCCUCACGUAUCACCAGCUCCCGCAGCUUUGGCACCAACGUCAAGUCCACAAGCUCCAAUGGCCUUAGCUUCGACUGCCCCGAGGAGUUCGGCUAUUACCCGCACCCCACGGACUGCACACAGUACUACGUGUGUGUGUUCGGUGGGGCACUUCUUGAGAGCUGCACCGGCGGCCUGAUGUACUCGCACGAGCUGCAGACCUGUGACUGGCCACGAAACGUAGGCUGCGAGUUGGUGGACACUUCCACGGAGCGCGGCCCCGCACGUAGCCAGAGCCAGACGCAGCAACAACAUCAGCAGCACGUGCCUAGCCGUGUGCGCUUUGGGUCUGCUUUUGGCAGUUCGGGUGGUGCCCCAAAGGCGCCCACAGUGGCUCCGCAGUACCACCGCUCUCCGCCACAGGUCAUACAGGCUCAGGUCCAGCAUAUCCCGCCGCCGCCCCCAGAGCUACGCGUCCCACCCAAUCCGGUGGUCACAUCGCGGGGUCAGCCGAAGCCAUUGCUGGACGCGCAGGAGGACAUAGCGAAGCUGUACGCUGAGGCGCAGGAAACACUGCCGCCCGUGGAGGAGGAGGAGUCCGAUCGCCAGCAGCGGGUGUACCGCGGCCAGCCAAGUACCGUUAGCCAGGUUCAGCGGGAUCGCGAUGGUAUCAUACAUCAGGCCAGCAUUAAUGCCAUACCCCAGAGCGGGAAGCUUGGAUCGUACGCCUUCGGAACAGCCUACAGAGUUGAGACAUCUUCACCGUCAUCGCGGGGGGGGGCGCCAACACCCAACGCUAAUAUCUUUGUACAGCCCACGCCACAAGCCCCAUCGCCACAGGUAGAAUCCAAUCGUAACUACUACAACGCAUCCAUAUUUAAUCACGGGGGCGGCUACCAGCCAUCGCGGCAGCAACAACAGCAGCAACAACAACAACAGCUACAGCCAACACCAUUUCAACAGGCGCAACCGCAAUCGCCCAAACAUGAGCAGCAGGCACAAGCCAUACCAAAUCCCUAUGAUUCAUCAUAUUAUUCUGUUUACGACGACGAUAUCGAUUUAUACAGGGACAUUGAGUAUCAACAACAACAGCAAGACCAUCAGGAGCAGCAGCAGCAGCAGCAGCAGCAGCAGCAGCAGCCGCAGCAACAGCAGCAAUAUCAGCAACCAGCAGUACGCCACCAGCAGACGCAAUCAACCUACCGCCCAUUGGAGCUAUCGGCCACACCGACUCCUCCACAGAAGCCGCAAUACAGCAACCAACCGACGUUGACCUACAGCACGGACUACGAUGAGGAUAUUAAUGCACAGAUCGAGCAAGACAACGUGUACGAUCAGCCAACUCGUUCGCCCCAAAGCUCGAAAGCGCAUGCAAAUAAAAUCUAUAUACAACAUGCUAUAAACAUGUCAAAGACAACCACAAACACUACACAGCCACCAACGACCAGCACAACAACACCCCCAAUAUACCAUCCUUCGACAUAUAGUUCCAAUCCCUUUCUCAAAUCGAAGCUCCAAAGCCUAGCCCAGUCGCUGGUCAGCUUUGUUGCCAACAGCCACACUCAAGGCGAAUCGACUAAUUAUCAUCCAGCUAAGAUUCAGAACCAGACCCACUCCCAACUCCAACUCCAAAGGCAACCUGAAGUCCAAGUCCCAGCCCAAGCAUAUCCCUCAGUCACUGAACCCUCAACGACGCAAUGGCCUCUGGUGGAGGACAGUCCCAGCAGUCAACUAGAACAUGCGGAGACCGUCUUCGAUGAGAGUCAGAACGUCCACGUGCAGACGGCCGAGGCACCCAGUAGCCGAUCCUUUGAGACCAGCACGUCGCCCAAGUUUCUGGACUUCAUUAAUGCCGCCGCAUACGGCACAAGUCCGCGCGGUAAUCUGCUGCACUCCGUUCCCGACAAAAAGCCCGUGAAAACAGCCUUCCAUCAGCUGCAAAAAAAAAAUCCAUAUAGAGGCGUGGAAAGAGGGUAUCUAAAUGACCAACGUUCGACGGUGCCACAGCAGCCGAAUAAGCGCAUACAGACCUACAUCUCAUCAGAUGUGGAACCGCAGAGUUUCAGAUCUCCGGCAAGCGAACCCCUCGUGCCAGUUGCAUCGAUUGAGCUAGUGGAUAGCUCAAGCACCACACCAGGCACCAGGCCUAGUAAAGCGGUUCAAUAUAGUCUACAAAGUGGAUCGCACGGCUUUAGUCUUCGUGCUGAGGAUUUCGGCCACAACGAAGGUCCAGUUGUCUCCGAGACGUUGUCUGAUCGGAAGGAGAGUCAGCCACCAAGUACAAGUACAAGUACAAUUACAAGUACUGGUACAAGUGCAAGUACAAGUACAAGUACUUCUACAACACCAUACAACAGCGAUGUGGAUGUCAUACCCACAACAUAUGCUCCACCACUUCGUAUUUGGCGCAAUGGACGACCCACCAUUCAGGCAUAUACCAAGGCUACAACCACGACUACAAAAUCCGCUGCAACAGCUCCUUGGUGGACCGAUAGUGUGGAAUCCAGCAGCACUAUAAGAACCACGACUACGCCGAAAGCUCAGGGGACGCCAAGCACCGAGCGGUACAUAUCGCCGGGACAAAGUUUCACGGCUCGCGCAAAUCACUUUAAGGACAGCCUGAACCGCGUAACUGCCAACCCAGCAAUGCGCUUUGUCUCACCAUACAAGAGUCUUGAGAACUUACUGCAGGAGGAGCGACAGCAUCCAAAUACCAUGUUACGGACGACGGCCAGACCGCGUUACACAAAUUCGCCAGCUUCACCGCCUUUCCUACAGACCACGCAGAAACCGCCAAAGAAUCUCUUUCUUUCGGGGAUGUCGCCUCGAAACACCAGUCAGGAUGUCCUUGCCACAAUGGCGACAGGAAAUGCUCGAAACUUUAGCGUCAGCGACGCGAUUUUGAGCACUUUUAGUCCCCAACGACCGGCACCAAGUAUGCUGCGUAGCUCCACCUCCAGCAGCACCACUAGCACCACCGAGACACCACCUCCACCGCCAACGACAACCACUAUACCAACGACUAUAUCGGCGGUAAUCGCCUCAUCGCCUAUUCGAGUCUCCCAGGUUUCGAUGCGUCCUCGCGGCCGCUCUCGCUACACAGUCGCAACUCUUGACAAUUUAUCGGAGAGCGUGGACGAGCCCACGACCUAUGCCCCCAGGUUCAGAUUACCCAGCAGCUACGAGGCCAAUCAGUAUCAGUAUCCAAAACGAAAGCCCCAGCGCGUCCGAAUAGCCGGCAAUCAGAGGCCGUCGUCCGCCGAACCCACGGCAAAGCCUCAUGAAAAAUACGAGUCAUAUAAGGCUGCCUUACAGGCCAAGGAUUCAACCCCUUUUAACUCUCAAAAUGUACACGCAAAGAAUUUAUCCGCGCAAUCGGUGAAUGACAAGUUACUUAAACGCAAACCAAUUGAGAACGAGACUAGCACAUCGGAUGGGCCACGAGCCGAGGCAUUGAUUGGGCAUCAGCUACUAGAAGCCAGGCAGCAAAAUAGCAUAGAGGAAAUGGGAACCGCAUCGGCAUCUAGCUCCACAGAGCACGUGGUAGCCAUAACAGACCGUCCCCCCACUGUGAAGUUCCUCUACUCAAACAAAUAUCGCCAGCAAACGGCAGAACGCACAUUAGCGGAAAGUCUUCAGAAUGCCGGGUACCUAACUACCGGCAAUGGGCGGAUCCAAAAGUUCCGUCCUGUGAGUGUCCUCGAGCAACUGAAGCAGUUCCUCGCCGGCAGCGACAGCAAUAGCAACAGCAACAGCGAUGAGAGUGGCACCUCCCAAUUUGUUGACGAAUAUUCGCACCCAGAAAUAAAGGCAGCCGUCGAUGAAAUCAAGCAGCUUUAUGUACCCACGAGUCGAUCGACUACGAUCACCACUACGACCACGCUUCGUCCUACCACUACGCCUAUUGCGCCUCCCACUACUACCUCCCGUCCUAAUAUCGGAGGUGUUACUGCUCCGUCUAGACCAAUAGCAAUCCAAUCCAAAGCCUAUUCCUCCUAUUCCUCUUCCACUUUUAGCAUCUUGAGCACCGAUCCUCCCACCUCUCCAACAGUCAGAUCCACCCUGAGCACCACUCCCGAUGUUAGUACCACUAGAACUCCCACCAUCCCAACAACAGUUCCUCCAACAACUGCUAGCGCCACUGCCACCGCUACACCCUCUUCCAUGUUUGCUCCGCCAACUGCGCGCGCUUCGAGGGUUAACAAUGUCAUAAGAUCAUCGAUUGCCGCUGCUGCCGCCCAAUCGUCCAGCUCAGGCUCUCUCUCAGGCUCCUCUACCUAUCAGCAGCAGCAAAUGCAACCAGCGGGUGGUAAAGCUAAUAAGUUCCAAUUUGGAUUUGCUCCCAACAAUAAGAACCAGCAACAACACCAACACCAAAACAACAAUCACAACAGCAACAACAAUGCCGCAGCCGCAGCCUCAGUGAAAUGCUCUGAUAGCACAUUGAGCGCCAAAUGCAACGAAAUCCCCUCAAGAAACCACAAUAGAAACCGGGGCGGCACCAUUUACGCUAAUCAGGAUCGGGACGUUGUCGCUACAGCCAACCGAGGAACGCAUCCCCCACGAACACGUCCCACGCUUAAGCCAUCUGGAACUAUUGUCUCAAAGGCUCAAGAAUUUGUAGAUAUAUAUAGAUAUCCACCAACGCGGCCGGACCCCAUAUACCCACAGCCCACACCCGACAAAACUGCUGCCAAGUGCCGCAAAGAUGUGUGCCUCCUUCCAGACUGUUAUUGUGGAGGCCGAGAUAUACCUGCCGAGCUUCCCGCUGAAAGCAUACCGCAAAUUGUUCUUUUGACUUUCGAUGAUUCCGUGAAUGAUUUGAAUAAGCAAUUGUACACGGACCUCUUUGAGAAGGGGCGCGUCAAUCCCAACGGGUGCCCCAUCACAGCCACAUUCUACGUCUCCCACGAAUGGACUGAUUACAGUCAGGUGCAAAAUCUGUACGCCGAUGGACAUGAAAUGGCCUCCCAUACAGUUUCUCAUAGCUUUGGCGAGCAAUUCUCGCAGAAAAAGUGGACUCGUGAAAUAGCUGGCCAACGAGAGAUUCUUGCGGCAUAUGGUGGUGUUAAGUUAUCGGAUGUUAGGGGCAUGAGAGCGCCGUUCCUCUCGGUUGGCGGCAACAAAAUGUAUAAAAUGUUGUAUGACUCUAACUUCACCUACGACUCAUCCAUGCCGGUCUAUGAAAACCGACCCCCUUCCUGGCCAUACACUCUGGACUACAAGAUUUUCCACGAUUGCAUGAUUCCACCCUGCCCAACACGCUCAUACCCAGGUGUGUGGCAAGUGCCUAUGGUCAUGUGGCAGGACUUGAACGGAGGACGUUGUUCGAUGGGCGAUGCCUGCUCAAACCCCAGUGAUGCGGAGGGUGUCACGAAAAUGAUUAUGAAGAACUUUGAGCGGCACUACACCACAAACAGAGCACCUUUCGGACUGUUCUACCAUGCGGCGUGGUUUACGCAGCCCCACCAUAAAGAAGGCUUCAUUAAAUUCCUCGACGCUAUCAAUUCCAUGUCCGAUGUUUGGAUCCUAACCAACUGGCAGGCUUUGCAAUGGGUGCGGGAUCCAACACCCAUAUCCCGCAUUAACUCUUUCCAACCAUUCCAGUGCGAUUAUUCGGACCGGCCGAAGCGCUGCAACAACCCGAAAGUGUGCAAUCUGUGGCAUAAAUCUGGCGUUCGCUACAUGAAGACUUGUCAGCCCUGCCCAGACAUCUACCCUUGGACCGGAAAGUCGGGCAUCCGAUCAUCACGCAUCGAUAAUGAUAAUGUUGAGGAACCGGCGGCGGCGUAAGACAUCGUCUAUCAUCAGUCUCUUCUGCAGUACGCAGAGGAACAAGAUCAUAGGCUAACAGCAGUCUGAAGUAGCAGAAGGAACAAGUAGCGAAGUAGCUAUCUAAGACGCCGAACUGUCGAAGCGACGAUGGUGGUCAUGGGUAGCCCAAAAUACGGAAUUCACUCGUUAAAAUGUUUUCAUUUACUUUAAUACUUUAGCUAAUUUUUUAAACGACAACAGCAAUCAUAGUUAAUUUUUUUUGGAGCAUGUGACUACAAAUUAUUUAUUCCCUCUUACAUACAGUGCAUACUCGGUACCUACUAUAUCUGUAUAUUCCUAUAGAUUGCUUGUUAUACGGAUUCUUGUAGUUGCACACGCAAAUGCAAACCGAGCAGGACCCUUGUAAAGCAAUUAGGCGUAAGACUGUAGACUAAUAAGUACUAAUACUAAUAAAUUGUGCGUGGUUGGCAGCCCUUUGGGUCCUUUUUAAAAUGCAUGAGUAGGCAAGAGGAUUGGGAAGGAAGCCAGAAAGCCAGAAAGCAUGACAAGUAGUGGUUAGGCUAAUGUAUUUUCAUUUAACUUGUGAUAAAUAUUUACAUCUGAAUUUAUGUAUUAUUAUAUGUGCAAAAGUCUCUUCAAAAUCAUAUCCUUAUCUAGCUCCUUUUCACGAAUAUCGCAAUAUAUUUUUAUCUUUCUAUUAA